CUGAUGCUUGCCGUAUUUACUAGUGCUACCGAUGUCAUAUUUCACUUUAAAUAAGAUAAUAGCGUCAAGCGUGGUUAGAGCUUUAUUGCCGUCUUGAGAUCGGCUACAGGCGGCAGAAUAUUUGUAGAGCUUGUCCAGGGAUUCAUCAGAUCAUUGGAUCAGCAGAUUCUGCGUGACAUUGGUCGGGAACGGUAGCUGCUUCCAGGUGAAGCUCGGUUGUGUAGUCUCGUGAGGAACUCGUGAGAUUUUAAAGGAGAAAGUGAUUAAUGGUGUGAAAGGUUGCAUUCCAGCUCUCGCCUUAGCUCAUAGGUAUCCGGACCGUGAGGAAGGAAAUUAAGCAACGUUAAGAUCUCAUUGCACGAAGAAAAAAAAAGCAAGACGUAGAAAAAAUAAUGGAUGCAGAUGAUGCCGCUUUCGAUGGAAUCCUGGAAAAGGUCGGCAACGAUGGCCGGUUUCAGCGUCGUUUCAACCUCAUUUUCAACAUGGGAGCGAUCAUAUUCGCGUCGAUGUCAUACAUGAGCAUCAUCCUGGCCCUGAACAAACCGCCACACAACUGCCACGUGCCGGGCAUGGAUCGGUUCAACAUCAGCGACGCCGAGCUGUGGAAGAAUUUAACACUGCCAAGGGAGGAAGACAAUAAGGGCGUGCUCAGCUACAGCAAAUGUCAGAUGUACAACGUGACGGAGGCCCAUCUCCAGACGCACUACAGCCAGUGGAACUUCCAAGAGUCCGAUAUUAUUAAUUGCGCUUAUGGGUACGAGUAUGAUCGGACAUACUACGACCGAACGCCCAUCACCGAGCAUGACUGGAUCUGUGACAAAGGUUUCCGUGAAACGAACAUAUUCGUGUACAACCGCUUUGGUGAACUAGUUGGAACGUUCAUAUUUGGCCAGCUCGGCGAUACGCUCGGCCGACGACCGGUGUUCUUCUUCAGCGUAUUAAUCAUUACCGCCGGGCGGCUGAUCUCCAUGUUUACGGCCUCGAUUUACGUCGUGUUCUGCAUGGCCGCCGUGCUGGGUUCCCUCACGUCGAACUCGAUUUUCCAGGCUCCACUCAUCAUCGCAAUGGAAAUUUCAAAAAGCGAACGACGUGGCUACAUUAGCAUGAUGCAAUGUAUCGGAUGGACGACGGGACUCUGCAUCCUGCCGAUGGUUUUCUGGGCCACGAGGGACUGGUUCUGGGCGCUGAUGUUUACCACCAUACCGAUUUCCUUAUUUAUUUUCAUUCCGCAAUAUUUGAUUGAGUCCCCCCGGUGGCUCGCAACCCGAGGCCACUACAAACGAUCGAUGGGGGAACUGCGGAAGAUUGCCACCGUCAACGGGAUCCGGGAGCUGCCGUUCGACGAGCGCUCGCUGGAGAAGCUGUUGUCGCACCGCAAAGUGGAAAGCGUUUACGGCAUGGCGUCCCUCUUCAGUGGCUGGCGGAUGGCGAAAAAUACCCUCCUCUGUGUGAUGUGCUGGAUGGUCGUCAGUUUGACCUAUUUUACCGUGAUGCUGCUCAGCUCUCGAAUGGAUGGCAAUCCGUUUUUGAACUUCCUGUGGCAGAGUGCCAUUGAGCUGCCCGCCUACAAAAUCGGGCAGUACCUAUCGGACAGGCUUGGUCGUCGGGUGUCCAACUCGUUGGCUUUUCUCGUCGCCACCGUGAUCUGUAUCCCAAUUUACAUGAUUGCCCGUCAAUCGGAGUAUGAAGCGAUAACCGUCACCCUCACGGUCGCCAUCAAAUUUUGCAUCAGCAUCAACUUCUUCGCCGUCAACCUGCAGUCUAUUGAAAUCUAUCCAACCUGUUUGAGAAAUACGGGGCUGGCUUUCGCUGCCAUCAUGUCCAAUUUGGUUGGCAUUUUGGGGCCGUAUGUGGUCUACCUGGGAACGGAGUACGACGUGCGAUAUCCGUUUUUGGUCAUAGGAGGAACAUCAGCUGUUGCAGCAGUGUGUGCAUCACUUCUACCAGAAACGCUGCAUCAAUCACUGCCGGAAACGAUCGAACAAGCGCAACAAUUUGGCAAGAAUCACAGUUUCUGGUCUUUGCCCAAGAAGCCCAAAACAAGUGCACCAAGUGAUGCAGAUUGUGAGAUGUCCGAGCGCAAGCGGUUAAACGGUAUAUGUGAUGAAAAUAGUGAAAGACGAUAAAACUGA